AUGCCCUGGGGCCAGGAGGAGCUGGAGAUAUGCAAACGGCCACAAUGUAACUGUAAUCAGAAAGAAACCUACACCAAGGAGAUGGGCAGGCAGAAGUUCCAAGGAAUGUCCAAACCACGAAGUUUCUUUGGUUAUCCUUUGAGCAUCUUCUUCAUCGUGGUCAAUGAGUUCUGUGAAAGAUUUUCCUACUAUGGAAUGAGAGCACUCCUGAUUCUGUACUUCAGACGUUUCAUUGGAUGGGAUGAUAAUCUAUCCACGGCCAUCUACCACACAUUUGUUGCUCUGUGCUACCUGACACCAAUUCUUGGAGCUCUUAUUGCUGACUCAUGGCUGGGAAAGUUCAAGACAAUUGUGUCACUAUCCAUUGUUUACACAAUCGGACAAGCCAUCACCGCAGUGAGCUCAAUCAAUGACCUCACAGACCAUGAUCACAAUGGGACCCCCGAUAACAUUUCUGUACAUAUGUGAGUUGAUGUUAACUGCUGCUCUACUCUCACCCUAGCAUUAGUUGCUUAAUUGGUGUUCUAAUUUUCAAUCAUUUUCCUUGAACUUCACUGUGAGUGUAAGGAGGCUUUUCCUCUCACUUCAGAACAGUAUAGAGAAGGCUGUUGUCUUAACUAAGAGUUUAGUCUUCAGUAUGUCAUUAUCAGAGGAGGCAUUUUGAUUCCAACUCUUGGCAACCCUAUACGAUGGAUUCAAGAGUGUGGAAUUCACAGUAAACAAGCUUGCUACCCACUGGCAUUUGGGGUUCCUGCUGCUCUCAUGGCUGUAGCUCUGAUCGUGUUUGUCCUCGGCAGUGGAAUGUACAAGAAGUUCCAGCCACAAGGUAACAUCAUGGCUAAAGUGGUCAAGUGCAUUGGUUUUGCCAUCAAAAACAGGUUUAGGCAUCGGAGUAAGGAAUUUCCAAAGAGGGAGCACUGGCUGGACUGGGCUAAAGAGAAAUAUGAUGAACGGCUUAUUUCUCAAAUUAAGAUGGUUACGAGGGUGAUGUUCCUGUAUAUCCCACUUCCAAUGUUCUGGGCAUUGUUUGAUCAGCAGGGCUCAAGGUGGACACUCCAAGCAACAACUAUGAGUGGGAAAAUUGGAAUUAUUGAAAUUCAGCCAGAUCAGAUGCAGACUGUGAAUGCCAUCUUGAUCGUUAUCAUGGUCCCCAUUGUAGACACUGUGGUAUAUCCUCUGAUUGCAAACUGUGGUUUCAAUUUCAGCUCCUUGAAGAAGAUGACAGUCGGAAUGUUCCUGGCUUCCAUGGCCUUUGUAGUGGCUGCCAUUGUACAAGUGAAAAUUGAUAGUACUCUUCCAGUCUUCCCCAAAGGAAAUGAAAUCCAACUUAAGGUAUUGAAUAUAGGAAAUGAUAACAUGACUAUAUCAUUUUCUGGAGAGAAUGAGAUACUUGGCGCAAUGGCUCAAACAGAUGAAUUUAGGACUUUUGAUGUAGACAAACUGCCAAAUAUAAGUAUUUCUUCUAAUGGAUCACAAGACACUCCAGUAACUCAUACUUUUGAAGGGGGCCAUCGCCACACCCUUCUCAUAUGGGCCCCCAACCAGUACCGAGUGGUAAAGGAUGGCCUUAACAAGAAGCCAGAAAAAGGAGAAAAUGGAAUAAGAUUUGUUAAUACUUUUGAUGAGACUAUCAGCAUCAACAUGGAUGGAAAAGUUUAUGAAAAUAUCACCAGUUACAAUGCCAGUGAAUAUCAGUUUUUUCCUUCUGGCAUGAAAACCUUUGAAAUAAACUCAACGCAGAUUUCACCAGGGUGUACAAGUUUUAAAUCUUCCUAUCUUGAAUUUGGUAGUGCAUAUACCUACGUAAUAGUAAGGCAGAGUGCAGGUUGCCCUAUCAAGAAGGAGUUUUUAGACAUUCCACCCAACACAGUCAACAUGGCUCUGCAAAUUCCCCAGUACUUCCUUAUCACCUGUGGAGAAGUAGUCUUCUCUGUCACCGGAUUGGAAUUCUCAUAUUCUCAGGCUCCUUCCAACAUGAAGUCGGUGCUUCAAGCAGGAUGGCUGUUGACAGUGGCUGUUGGCAACAUCAUUGUGCUGAUUGUGGCAGGGGCAGGCCAGUUCAGUGAGCAGAAGACCACUCAGGUAAAGGCCAGUAAUGAUUUGGGGAGUUUCAAUGAUAUAAGAUAA